AUGAGUGCGGCCACCAUGGUCAUCGAUGCACCCUCCAGGCAGGCGUCUUUAUCCCCCACACGCGCUGCACUGGCCAGCGCGUCGGAGAAAGCUGCGGCCAAACCAGGCCAGGUGAUUGUCGGAGCGCUGCGCAUUCGCGUAUUGCAGGCGAUCGAUUUGCCAUCACCGAAAGCUGUUGAAAAUGGCAUCGUAGUGACGUCGUCAUGGCUACCCUUUCCAGGACGCAGACCCUCGAACCACCCCACUUUACAGCAUGAAGCUGUGCCAGACAUGAUCAGCGUGUUAUUGCGGGUAUCAAACUCGGGAUUUUUCGCAACGGAAUCUCGCGCUUGGGCCAGUGCGAUUUGCUGGGAUGAAGAAUUUUACGUGGAACAAGUGAGCUCGACGGACGAGCUGGAGCUUUUCUGUGUAGACCGAAUGAGAAAUAAAACACACGCGCGUUUACCGCUUCAAGGCGAAAUCAGUUCAUGUGCAGGAUUCAUUGGAAAAGUAACUUUGCCACUAGCUCGGCUCCCAGAAGGACAGGAAGUAGAGCAGUGGUACCCUCUCGUACGGAAGGAUUCUUCGUCCGCGUUGCGUACAGCUCUACGAGUUUCGUUGUGUUUUGUGCCGAAUGGGGUACCAGCUUCUGCUUCCACAAGUCCUGAAAGAAGACGUGUGACGCCCACGUCAAUGUUGCCGCCGUCUCCAGCAACGGAGAUUUCCUCGGCAUCACCAGUGUCGAAACAAUUGCGAGUAGAGACGUCUGAAGCUGCAGCGAUUCCGCUUGAGACUGGGAUUAUCGACUAUGUAAUCGUGGUGGGGACUGCGGCUAACGACGAUAUCUCAGCGACUUUGGACGAGGCACAGGUGCGUUUCCGGUAUCCACUCACAGAUCGACCGGAUUUCCCUCUACCGACAAAAAUUGAGUGGUUUUGCUUCCCUGGUGGACCGGAGAUUGUCACUCAAGCUGAUCGGCCACCAAGUAAAUUAUUUUCAUUUGUACUGGUGGGUGGCGACGAUGGUCUGUGCAGAUGUUACGUCGUUUGUCUUGUGGUGUAUCAUCGCCACUCCAAAAGUAGAGGGGCCGAAGUGAACGAGUGGGAUGCAACGUGUGUGGCGUUUUUGACGCGGCUUCCGCUGAUUGAAGAGGUUACAAUAUGUCUGCUCGCUGUGGCUCACGCUUGGAUCGCUGCAAAUGGAGACAAGGAGAAUAAUAUCACAGUGGAUACUGACAAGACUCGACUCGCAAAUACACGGAAGCAAUUAUGCAGUCUUUGUCACGAGAUCACGCUACCCAUUCGAGGAGUUUUUGGCGUCCAAUUUGCAGUUCACAGCCUCAAAGUUCGCCUUAUGGUGCCGUCCAUGACGUCAAUUUACACGAUGAAAGAGGCUUUGCUAGCACGACCAGAACUUCGACGUACAGCCUCAGCCCAAGGAGCACAGCCAUCUCCUACGAAAGCGAGAAGCUUCAUCGCUAUCCAGCAAGGUUUCCAGCCACUUGUGUAUUCGCUCGAGCCGAUUUUCCAGCUCUUUGACAUCAAGACGAUCAUCUAUCUCGUGGCACUAGUUCUCUGUGAGUAUCGGAUACUUAUCCACUCCACACAGCAGUCUCUGUUGUGUCCUGUCGCUGAGGGACUUUGUGCACUCAUCUACCCAUUCCGUUGGCAACAUCCGUACGUGCCUAUUUUACCUCGAGUGCUUUCCGAAUAUCUCCAGGCUCCGCUCCCGUAUAUCCUGGGAAUUCACACGAGUUGGCUACAAAGUUUGCUGGAAAACGGGCGGCCGGAACAUCUCGUGGUGGUUGACAUCGAUCGCGGGACCAUCCAACUGCAGGAAUCCGGCGGACCUGUGCUACCUCACAAGCUAACAACAGCUUUUCAUCACCGGCUUAAGACUAUCUUACACCCGUCUUUAUUUGGAGAAAUGGAGAGCAACACUGAUGAUGCCCUGAAGCAAGACGAAGAACGACGCGAUAUCGUUGAGUGGGGCCCAGACACAGGGAAGCAAGUGCGUAUGGAGCUCGUGUGCUUCCUUUCUACUCUCGUGAGAGGCUACCGUGAAUGUCUAUUCUUUGUGAACCAGAAGCUGCCAACAGUGAAGUGGCGCCGUUGGUGA